CGCCCACUAUGGCAUAAAAAGAUCUAGUAAACCUCAAAGCGAAUUUAGUUCAAAGAAGUUUUUCAAGCUAAAAGAACAUUCGUUCAAAUGGACUACCUAAGCACAGAGUGUGCUGCCCGUUCAGCGGGACCGGCAAAUACACUGAUGACCCUAUUGCUGCAGACUUUAAUAACGAAAUUUUGCUCAUUAAGUGAUCGCUCGCAUUGGCCCAAAGAUUAUGGUGAUGAUAUUGGCAAAAAUGGAGAUUUUAUGCUUGCAGGUUUAGAUGAAUAUGAUUUUGUUGUUGUUGGUUCGGGUUCUGCUGGUUCGGUGGUAGCUGGUCGUCUAAGUGAAAAUCCUCAAUGGAAAGUUCUACUCUUAGAGGCUGGUGGUGAUCCUCCAAUUGAGACUGAGUUUGUCGGUUGGCACAUGUCCACACAAUUCUCCGACUGGGAUUGGCAAUACCACACCGAACCGAAUGGCAAAGCUUGCAUGGCCAUGGAGGGUGAUAGCUGUCAUUGGCCUCGUGGCAAAAUGUUGGGUGGCACCAAUUGCAUGAACGCCAUGAUCUAUGCCCGCGGAACUCGUGGCGAUUUUGAUGAUUGGCUUAAUCGUGGCAAUCCCUCAUGGGGCUAUGAUGAUGUUAUGCCUUAUUUCCGCAAAGCAGAAGAUUUACGCUCCACCCGUGGUGAUUAUAUGGAGGGAGACCAUGGUGUGGGUGGGCCCAUGAUAAUCGACAACUAUGUCUCUGACAAUGAGUUUCGAGAAACCAUUAAAGCAGGCAUGGCCGAGAUGGGUUAUGGUACAGCUCCUGACUUUGCUGAAGGUUCCUGGGUGGGUCAGAUUGAUAUAUUGGGCACCCAACAUAAGGGUAGACGUAUAACCACCGCCAAAUCACAUUUGGAUAAAAAUCGUUCCAAUUUACAUGUCAUACGUUAUGCCCAGGUGAAGAAGGUGAAUUUCGACAACAACAUGAAGGCCACUGGGGUAACAUUUGUGCUGAAGGGAGAAAAGGAAUAUACGGUGAAUGUUAAGAAGGAAGUAAUUUUGAGUGGAGGAGCCAUAGGAUCGCCACAGAUUUUAAUGUUGUCAGGAGUGGGUCCUGCCUCUCAGUUAAAACCUUUGGGUAUUCCUGUCCUUAAGGAUCUUCCUGUGGGCCAGAAUCUCAAGGACCAUGCCAGUCUUCCAGUAGUCUUUCAAAUAGACAAAUCCACAGCCCGCAAACCCACCGAGGAAGAACUUGUGGAUGCCAUGUACAAUUUGAUUAUGGGCCGUUAUAGCAAACUUUUGCAUCAUGAGGCCACCGCCCUUACUGGCUUCAUUAACACCACUUCCUUGAUGGGCCCCUAUCCUGAUAUACAAACCACAAACUUUUUCAGUCUUAUGCAGAGCCCCGAACUUAAGGGCUAUGUGAAGGCCACUGGUUUUAAGCAACAUAUAGCCGAAUCCAUUUUAAAGGCCAAUGAGAACUCCAAUACCUACAUAACCUAUUUGUUGCAUUUGAAACCCUUCUCCUUUGGCCAUCUGGCCUUAAAAAGUGCCAAUUAUUUGGAUGCUCCUCUCAUUCAUGCUGGCUAUAUGUCGGAUGACAGAGAUGUAGAGACCUAUAUAAGAGCUUUGAACAUUUAUGCCAAAAUUCCAGAGACCAAAGCUUUUAGCGAGAGGGAAACGGUAUUACAUAAAAUCGAUUUACCCGCCUGUAACUCCCUGGCCUAUCAAAGUGACGAGUAUUGGCGUUGUUAUAUACGUCACAUGACCACCACUGUCUAUCAUCCGGUGGGUACCACCAGAAUGGGUCCUGAGACAGAUAGCUCAGCUGUUGUGGACUGGCGUUUGAGGGUACAUGGCACCAAGGGUCUACGAGUUGUGGAUGCCAGUAUUAUGCCUGAUAUAGUGGCUGCCAACACUAAUGCUGCCAUUAUAAUGAUUGGAGAGAAGGGAGCUGAUAUGAUUAAAGAAGACUGGCAGGGCAAGGACUUGCAUGAGGAAUUGUAAGGAGGAUUUUGUAAUUUUUGAUACUUAAUUUUAUUUUUUUUUUUUUAAUAUAUGAAGAAAUAAAACAAAUA